AUGGCGACCAACGGCAAGCCAGCAAACAUUUACGUCCUUCGACAAGCGGGAACACCUAAAUGUUGCUAUGUCUGCCACAAGUCAAGCCCGCACGUGCUCGUCUCCCAAUCGAUACCUACGCUCGACUUUAUCUAUGUCUGUCAUGCUCAUCUAGCAGAUCGACAUUUUGCAAACAAGCUUUCAGAUCCCGCAUCGUCUUCAUCGACAGCAUCAACAGCAGGUGCUGGUGGAGGAGGAGGAGCAAGUGGAGAAAGGUUACCGGACAAAGUAAGCCAAUCGGAGAUCGACAAGAUCAAGGCAGAGUACGAGGCCAGACUCAAAGCAAAGCAGAAGGAGAGUAAGCCUUUCUCUGCGAUGUCAGUUGCUGGAAGUGUCUUCUCAACCGUCACAUCAACAGUGUCGGGUCUUGCAAGUACAGCGAUAAGCUCUAUAGCAACAGAAGCACCCCCUUUGGCAACAGCAGCAUCGGCAGCUCCAACAUCAGCAGAAUCACUAGCGAAACAACAUCCACUGCAUGCUACCUACUCACUGCAUCGAGAGUUCUACGCUGCUAGAGUACGUGAAUGGAACAAGAAGAUGGUCAAGAAGAAGGCGAGUGAGCUCAACAUGCCACCUGCUCCGAAGAAUGCUUUGCCUUGA